AUGACCGAUAGUCUCAAAAACUGGAAAGCUAUCGCGCAUUCCAAACGCGACGCUCUGUUGUUGCUCAUUCCGAAAGAAUGGCGAAUUCCACUUCCACUUUUACCCCCCGAAAUAUUACCUGACGUGACAGACCACAUACGCCAGUACCUCUCUUCGACAGAGUUGGAAAUCACGGAGACGGACGCAGUUGAUAUCGUUAAAAAAACUUCUAGCGGAGACUGGACAUGCCGUGCAGUCACCGAAGCGUUCUGUCAUAGAGCAGCGUUGGCUCAUCAGAUGAUCAACUGCCUUCAUGAAAUCAUGUUUGAAUCUGCCCUUCAUCGUGCAUCAGAACUCGAUGCCUAUUUCGCGGAACAUAAAGAGCCAAUGGGCCCAUUACAUGGUCUUCCUGUCAGUCUUAAAGACUCGAUACAUGUGAAAGGUAUAGAUACAAGCUUGGGCUAUAUCGGCUGGCUGGGAAAGCGCCAACUAGAGAAAGAAAGUCAAGUUGUCACUGAUCUUCGAUUUCUCGGUGCAGUUAUCUACGUGAAGACCAGUGUUCCUCAGGGGUCUAUGUCCGCAGAGACACGUAACAAUAUUAUUGGCUAUACACCUAAUCCUCGUAAUCGUCAACUUACUGUGGGAGGAAGUUCGGGUGGCGAAGGCGGCCUUUUAGCUCUGCGAGGAAGCUCUGUCGGACUUGGAACCGACAUUGGCGCCUCGACUCGUGUCCCCGCAGGUUGGAAUGGCUGCUACGGACUCCGUCCAUCAACUGGAAGAUUGCCCUAUGAGGGGAUUGCCUCGACGAUAGACGGAAUCAUGCUUCCGUUUGUGGUUGGGCCGAUGGCGACACAGGUAAGUGGACUGGAAUUGAUGAUGAGGAGCCUAUUGCAAACUGAGCCAUGGAGGAGGGAUCCCAUGGUCAUUGAACUUCCUUGGAGAGAGGAUAAAUUUAUGGAGAUGCAUCAAGGAAUAAAUGGCAAGGACAAAAUGGCAUUUGGAAUCAUGAUCGGUGAUGGGUAUGUGAAUCCACAACCACCUGUGGAGAGAGCCAUGAGAAUGGUUACAGAUGCAAUCAAGGCGCUAGGCCAUAAGGUCAUCGAAUGGGAGCCGCCGAGCCACUCCGCUGGCAACGAUCCAUAUUUCAAGAUUUGCUUUGCCGACGGUGGCAAAGGUCACCACUCGGCACUUGCGAUAUCUGGAGAGCCUCCAACCGAAUCUAUCUUAGGAACAGGGCCCUUUCCAGAGGGCAACGCCAGCCACAUCAUCGAAGCAAACAUUGCAGUCAGAAAUUAUCGAAAGAAAUACCUUGACUACUGGAAUAGUACUUCGGAGAUCACCGGAACAGGGAGGCCAGUAGACGCAUUUAUCAUGCCACUUGCACCAUUUCCACCUCCUCAACCGGGGCAGGCCCGAUAUUUAGGCUACACAACCAUUAUCAAUGCCCUGGACUAUACUUCAUGUGUCAUUCCGGUGACAGAAGUGAGAAAAGAUACUGAUCGAUACCCGGUGGAAUAUGCCGGUAUGAAUGAGGUUGACCAGGCUAUUCAUGAUGAUUAUAAUCCCGAACUGUCACACGGUGCACCCGUUGCUGUGCAAAUCGUCGGUGGGAGAUUGCAGGAAGAGAAGGUUCUCGCAUUCGCAACAGGAAUCACUCUAUACCAAACCACAAGUAUUCUUCUUUUCAAGAUCAGAUCAUUCACCUCCGCCUCGUCUUCAAACACAACUUCAAACACGAUGGCUCCUACAAUUUUGAUUGUCGGUGCAACAGGCAAUACUGGUCGAAGUGUUGUGGAGACCCUUUCAGACUCCAUCAACAACAACAACAAUACACUUCUAGGGUAUCGAAUCAUUGCCAUCACACGAGAUUCGAACAGCAUAACUGCACAGAAACUUGGCAAACUUCCAAAUGUUACAAUUGAAGAGAAAACUUGGGUUGAUAUCAGUCCCGAGUGGUUGAAAGAACGCAAUGUCGUCAAGGCUUUUAUUGCUUCCCAUAAUGAGCCCUCUCAAUUUGCAGAUGAAUCAACAUUUCAUCUUGCUUUACUUAAUGCUGGCGUCGAAUACGUUGUACGCAUCUCCACCACAGCUGCCAAUGUCCGUCCCAAUUGCCCAGUAUACUAUCCACGCCAGCAUUGGGCUGUCGAAGCUUUAUUGAGCUCUCCUGAGUUCGAAAAGCUUCAAUGGACCUCACUCCAGCCAAAUGUCUUCCACAGCUUCGUUCUUGGACCUGCCUUGGAGUUCAUCAAGCAAUAUCGCAAAGACGGCAAGCAAAACACACUCCUGUUGAUGCCCGAUGCCAAUGCACCUCUUGGAUGUAUCCACCCUGACGAAGUUGGUCGCUUUGCCGCUGUGCUUCUGGCCCAGGAGGAUCACUCCAUCCACAACAAGAAAAAGUACGAACUUAAUGGACCAGUGGAUAUCAACGGAAAGCAGAUUGUCAAGCUGGUGGAGAAAUACAUCGCAACAGAAGUCAAGGAUGUCAAGUUUAGAGACAUGACUUUCAUUGACACUUGGGCUGAUUCGAUCAAAGCGAAUAAGGGUCUCAUUCUAUCCAUUAAGGGUGCUCCUAACACAGGCUGGGAAGGGAAGUGCUCGACUGCAACGACAGAUAAGGAGUUCCUGGAGCUAUCUCCACCAAAGAUUACACCUGCAAUGUGGUUGAAAUCUGCUCUUGAAGAAUAAGCAGACGGAUAGACAGAGCGGUGCUAUUAAUAAAAUGCUCAUCAUUGUCAAUCCUUUUGUACCACUUUGAACUUGAUUCGAG